GUAUAAGAUAUAUACAGAAGGAUGGGCAUGGUCCGUGAGUGAAAAAUACAUUCUAGCAUGUGACUCCAUGACCUUAUACAUAAAAUCUAGGUACCAUGAUUUCUUCAUAAGAGGGAUGCAGCCAUUGCAGCACUAUUGGCCCAUAAGAGCCAAUUCCAAGUGCACUUCUCUUAAGUUUGCCGUUGAAUGGGGCAACACUCAUCCGGAGAAAGCAGAGGCCAUCGGAAAGGCUGCUGCCAACUUCAUUCAUGAGGAUAUGAAGAUGGAUUAUGUCUACGAUUACAUGUUCCAUUUACUAAACGAGUACGCAAAACUCCUCAGAUUCAAACCAAAGGUUCCCCGUGGAGCCACGAUGCUUUGUGCUGAAAUAAUGGCAUGUCAUGAGAGUGGAAAUUGGAAGAAAUUCAAGGAGCAAUCCCUGGUGACUUCUCCCAGAGAUACAGUUCCAUGUGCCAUGCCUCCACCUUACAAUGCAACAGAGCUCCGAGAAUUUCUUGAUACGAAAGCUAACUCCGUGAGGCAAGUUGAGACGUGGGAAAAUGAAUAUUGGCAAAAUAUAAAUAAAAAGCAAUGAAAAGUGAAGAACAACAGUAUAUCAUAAAACAAAACCUUGUAGUGUUUUUAUAAUCUUCUUCCUCGGACAACUUGAUUUAUUGAGGUUGAAAGCUUUUGCUUUAUUUUCAUGUAAUUCUUUAAGCAGCAUCGAAUUUGAAAAUUAGGACAGGUAAAAUAUGGGAGAUUUUAGAAGAUUUUGAGUGUCAACAGCCAAACGGUCGUGCUUUUAAGCUUGGUUUGGCUGCAGCAACUCUGCUUACGAUAUUAAUGCAAAUUUGCUUGAAGGAC